UCGUAUGGGUUUAAUCACUGUCUCUGUCCUUGCUUUUCAGUCCAUCGCUUCGGCGCUGAGCAGGUGGCUGUCCUCUCCAAGUUCUGGAAGAACCACAAGAGCAAGAGCCGGGAGAGCCUCAUCAGCCAGAGCCGCUGGGACAACAGUCUGCGCAACGUGAGCUGGAGAGUGGACUUGAAAACACAGAGUCGCCACGCCGACCAGGUCAACGCCCCUGUUGCUGUGGUGGAACUGGAGCUUGGGAAGACUGGAAAGGAAUCACAGUUUGUCUGCUUGGAGUUUGAUGAAGCCAAGGUGAACCAUGUUUUAAAGAAGAUAUCUGAGAUUGAGGAGAGCAUCAGUGCCAUAACACACAACAGCUAAUUUUUUCAUCUUCAUUCAUAGGCCUCUAGUGAAAUCUGCAACGUUCAGAACUAGUUAACAAAACAGAGUUGGAAGGAUUUGCCUGAAGGAGGCUGAGCAUGUUUUUACUUUAGUUGACCUGUUUAUAAUAGCCUCCUCCAGAUCCCUUAUAAAUUAAACACACUUUCCAAACCUGGAAAUAGCCACCCAUUUAUUUAUCAUGUGUUAAAAAAAGAAAUCUGGCAUCCAGUGUGAAGUAACGAGAAAGUAUCCUUAACAUGUUAGGCAUCAAUUUAUACAAAGAAAAAGAAAACUGAAGCAGCUAAACACAGUUUGAUUUCAACUACAGCCUAUUUCUUACCCCUUAGGCACUUGCUCAAUAUCUUGGAAUCUCUGUAUAGAUGAAAAUACUUCUAAAAUACACCAUAAGCCAAAUAAUUUAUUGCUCAGGCCAUUAUAUAUUAGAUAUUUGCAUCCAAUAAGGUCAGUCUUGACACCUGAUUAAUAGGAUCUUGGUGUUUUUGACAGAGUUUGGUUGCUAGUUUUCAAGGAUUUUCAAAAAAUGCAGAUAUUAGGCACUAUUGGAAAUAAUUCACAGACAUGACAACACAUUCGAUUCAAGUCCUAUGUUUGAUAUAGGCAUUGAUAUUGGCAGUGAGAUCAAAUCCUGGCAUUUCCUAUACGCUGUUAACCUUUGCAGACAAAUAAGACAUAUACCAGGAGAGGUGAUAUUAUUCCGGGCUUAAAAGGCAUGUCAUAUGCAGACAGGCUAAAAGAAUUGAAUCUGUUCAGUCUUGAACAAAGAA